CAGUGGAAAGUGACUCUUCUGGAGCUGCCAUUUGAGCGGCAGGGUUGAACAGACAGCCUCACAAAACACCUAAGGAACAAAGGAGACGGAAAGAUGCCCCCCGCUGCUGCAGACGAGUUGGGUCCCACGCCCGUGGACGGGGGCUGGGGCUGGAUGGUGGUGCUCGGCGCCCACAUUUCCAUCGGAUUCGCUUAUACCACUCCCAAAGCCCUGUCCAUUUUCUUCAGGCCGAUCAAAGAAGACUUGGGGGCCAGCUACAGUGAAAUAGCCUGGAUUUCCUCCAUCAUGCUGGCCGUAAUGUAUGCAGGCGGUCCAGUGAGCAGCGUGUUGGUCCGUCGCUUCGGAAGUCGACCAGUGGUCAUGAUGGGCGGACUGAUGUGUGGGGUUUCUAUGGUAACAGCCUCAUUUGGGAGCUCCAUCAUUUACCUCUACCUUUGCAUUGGCAUCAUUGGAGGCUGGGGUCUCUGCUUCAACCUGAACGCGUCUCUCACCAUCAUCAGUAAAUAUUUCCUCGCCAAGCGACCGCUGGCCAACGGCCUUGCCAUGGCCGGCAGUCCGGUGUUCCUCUGCGUCCUGGCCCCACUCAACCAGUAUCUCUUAGGACACUUUGGCUGGAGAGGAAGCCUGCUUAUCCUCGGGGGUAUGAUGUUGAACUGCUGCGUUGCGGGGGCCGUAAUGAGACCCGUCGCUCGGCAGUCCACCCCACCGAAGGAGGUGGACCAGCCGAACAACACAAAGUCGAAAGGGAGCCGCCUGGACAAAGUGAAGACCUUUGUGGAUCUGUCGUUCUUCAAGAAUCCGGGCUUUGUCAUUUACCUCGUUGGAAACGUGAUGUUCAUCUUUGGCGCCUACGCGCCCAUCGUGUUUUUGUCAGCGUACGCAGUCAGCCGAGGCGUGGAGGAGUACUCUGCCGCCUAUCUGCUCUCCAUCAUGGGCUUCGUCGACAUGUUUGUCAGGCCUCUCACGGGGCUGGUGGCCAACAGCAGGUGGGUCAGGCCGAGGAUCCAGUUCCUCUUCAGUUUCGCCAUGGUCUUCAACGGCACGUUCCACCUCCUCUGCCCCCUGAUGAGCACCUACCCGCUGUUGGUGGCCUACGCCGUGUUCUUCGGAGUGGGCUUUGGGAUGGUUUUCGCACUGAUAUUUGAAUGCCUCAUGGACCUGAUGGGGAACCAGCGCUUCCCCAGUGCCGUUGGACUGGUGACCAUCAUAGAGUGCUUCCCCAUGCUUUUGGGACCGCCGGCUGCAGGGUUACUGGUGGACAUCUUUGACGACUACAAGUACCUUUUCUUCAUGUGUGGAGGAGUGAUCACGACCGGCGGGCUCUUCCUCUUCGUCAUGAACGUCUACAACUACAACAGGCUAGAGAAAGCGAACAGAGGAAAAGAAACGGAGCAGGACCAGAACACCGUGGAGAAGCAGGAGCAAGCGAGCAGCUCAGAGGCUCGGAUGGAACUGAUGGACUCUGAGGUGAAGGAGGCGAACACGGCCCGACCAGAACCACAGCCCAAAGAAGAAACUUGUUAAACCAGUGAUGGUAAUGCUCACAGUUGGGUAGUAACUAGCUACAUUUACUCAAUUACAUUUAGUUGAGUAACUUUUUUGAAAAAAACAAACAGCAAAUAAAAAAAAUACAAUUUUAGGAGUGCUUUUACUACGCUUCACUUUUUACUUUUACUUGAGUAACUUUAUUAUGAAGUAUCAUUACUCUUACUUGAGUAAAAUUUCUGGAAACAAACAAACAUGUUUUAACCAAAAAUUCACCAGACAGACACACAACUUUAACUUUAUGUUAAAGUUUCGUAUGUUUUUUUAUAUGAAUGUUGGUCAUUUUCAUCCUUAAAAUACCCCCACAAAAAAUCCACAUAUCUUUAUAUUUUGGUUCGUCUGAAAACAUGAUUUUCAAACAAUAAAUGACUGAUCAUGCAAUUUGUCACACACUAUGUGAGUAGAGUUUUUACCAAAUACUGUUUUUACUUUUAAUUAACCGGACGGCUACUUUGUACUUUUAAUUGAGUGAGUGUAUUUUGCAUCAGUGCUGCUCUUUUGGUGAUGCUGUAUAGUGUAAUUCAUGCUUUACUCUCAGCAGCAUUAUCUCAAACUUUGGAGACGUCGAGCCUUUAACAUGCCAGUUCUCUGGAGGUUUUGCUGAAGUUGAGCUUUGUGUCCCCUCAAAUUUAUAUCACCUUUGUGAAAAACUAAAACUGAACAUGCGCUCUAAAUGAACGAGUGAAUUUUGUUCGAAACUGUUAUUUGAUAUUUUACCCACUGAUUAAUUGAAAGGCUGCGUUUUCCCCACAUUUCCAUGUUUGUCUGAUCUUUGCGACGGGAUCCAGCCAGUUUCUCUGUUUCUGUAGAAUUUGUUUACAGCCAUCGACUGAGCCUGUUACGAAGAUACCUCAAGACGACAGCCGUGUUUGGAGGAACCUGAUGGGUUUUUGAAGUAAAGAGGGGAGAUGUGAUGUCAACAGGUUUUACAAUAUUUUAUGGUUUUUAUUUUCCUAUCUUAAAUUGAAGUGUUUUUGUUUUUUUGGGGGGAGAGGGGGAGUUCUGUCUGGAACAUAAAGCCACAUUUUGUUGUCCUGUUACAUGUGAGGCAGUGAGAAUGAAUAUGUUUUAAAACAAAAUACUGUUAGGCUUUUAACACAAUUCACUAAAUACUGGAGAAACAUUUACAUAAUUCACAGAAUUGUAAAAAAAAGAAGAAAAAAAGACUAACACUAAGUACUGGUGGCAGCAUCAACAUGAUGCGCUAAAAGCUCGACGUCUUGCAUGACCCGAGUAACAUCCCAGUCCAGACAGAGUCCCUGCCCAACAUGGCGGGUCACUCAUACAGUCUGACGCAGCGUUUCAUUAUUCCAUGUUUAUCAGCGUGUCAGGGUUUCUCCUGUUGGUGCAUCUCAGGACCACAGCAGGCUGAGCCAAGCUUUAUGUGUGAUUUUUAAGGUGUAUGUGAAAUACUAGCAAAUUUUAGCUUUCAUCUUGAAGUGUAUUGCAAAAUUAGUUGCGUGUGUGUUUUUUAUUAUUAUUUUACAAUUCCUAGAAUUAAAAAGAUUUAUUAGGGCAAUAAAAAUGAAUAUCUUCAGUCCAUGCAACCUUUCGAGAUGGUAAACGCGAGUUAGCUAAUGCCAUUUUGCACAAAUGAGGGAGUUUUAUGCUGUUCAUCAGGAAAAUGUGCAUUUAGACAUUCCUAAAUCUGCAAUGCUGUAAAAUAGAAGAAAAAGAUUUUUAAUGUUCUUGCUUUUUUUUUUUUUUUGUCUCACUUAAAUAUUUUAGAUCAUCAAAGAAGUUUCAUUAUCAGAGGAAAAAAACCUUUGUAAGUAAUUGUUUUUUAAAUCAAAACAAUGAUUUCACUGCUUUGAAAAGUGAAGGAAAGGGUAAGAAGAACAGCUGCCCCGCUGGAAAAAAGUAAUUGUCCUCUAAACCCAACAACUGCUACUGAGCUUUUUGUACCAGCUGGCAAAAGUAUUUUUACAUUGCUGCAGAGAAAUUGUUCUUUGCAGACAUGUUUUAAUUUCACAAGAUAAGAGGGUUUUUGCAAUGUUCAGAAUGUAGGGAGGUAAAUUCCUGCUUUCACGUGGCUAUGAUGGUUUGGUGGAAGAAUAAUAUUUUCUCUGGUUAUUUAUCUGCUGUCAAAAUAUGUUUAAUGAUCUGAAACGAAGUUGGGCAAAAAAAAAAAAAUCUGUAAAGGUGCAAAUACUUUUUACAGCACUCUGCUCCAGUGUUUCAGUUAAGAUGCCAGCUUUUCUAUUGUUUCAUAAUCCCUAAAGACAUUUUCACACCUGUCCAGUUUUUGUAUCCACUGUUAACCCUAAUAAAUCAGUUGUUUGAA